GUUUUGUGAUUCACAAGCAAACCCUAAUUUCGCCCCCAGAGAGAGAGAGGGAGAGGGAGAGGGAGAGGGAGAGAGCUUGAAGGUUCAUCAAUGGCGACCGAAGCAGUGCAGGCUGUUGAGUCCGUCCAAUGCUUCGGACGAAAGAAAACAGCAGUCGCAGUGACUUACUGCAAAAGAGGCCGAGGUCUCAUCAAGAUCAAUGGCUGUCCUAUCGAGCUUAUGAGCUCUGACAUCCUUCGUUACAAGGCUUAUGAACCUAUCUUAGUUCUUGGUCGCCAUCGGUUUGCAGGCGUCGACAUGAGGAUUAGGGUUAAGGGAGGAGGUCAAACCUCUCGCAUCUAUGCCAUUAGGCAGAGCAUUGCUAAGGCUCUGGUUGCUUUCUACCAGAAAUACGUUGACGAGCAAUCGAAGAAGGAAAUCAAAGAUCUGUUGGUGAGGUAUGAUCGGACCCUACUUGUUGCUGAUCCUCGUCGUUGUGAGCCUAAGAAAUUUGGAGGUCGUGGUGCUCGUGCUCGUUUUCAGAAGUCGUAUCGUUAGAGAGAGAAAUGGAGGAGAGAGAAUGCAUGGAGAACGCUGCAUUGUUUUGGUUCCUGUUAUCUAUUAUUGCUUUCUGAAGAGUAAUUUUUGUUUUAGGAUGGAUGUUAUUGGAUAUUAGUUGAAACUUGUUUUGUUUCUGACUAGGUUUUUGUACUGGGUGGCUGACAAACCUAGUUGAAUUUAGUGGUUUUUUAUUUUUGUUAUCAAGAAAUGUAUGGACUAUUCAUGAGUUUUUCAAAUUUCUUGUUUGGUUUACUUCUAAGAAAAUAUGAAUGGCCAUGUAGUGAAAUCUAGGUUAGGCUAUUGCAGUUCUUACUUUCUUUUCUGUUGUUUCGCCUAUUGAAAUGACCAUCUGAUGGACAUGGGGUGGAUUUAUAUUCGUUA